AUGCCUCCAGUGACAUUCUCUGAAAGACAGGGUCUCAACGGCCACCCACCGCGCGAUUCCCUCGAGCUUGCCUCGCUCGCCUCCACGUCCGACGCUGGCUCUGCCGGACGAUCCUCAUACGAGUCCUCGCGAUCAGGCAUCUCCUCCUCCCGGAAAUUGUCAUUAGAAGCCGACGACCCUUUAUCCGAACAGACGGGGCUAGGAUCCAGUCGCACGCGAGGGAAUCGCUCGUAUUCCGUAUCCUCUGCCUUUGACUUUGGCAGUAAUUUAUUUCCCCUUUCGCAAACCGCUGGCGGCUAUGCCCCUCUUGGUGCACCUUCGGUGACCUCAUUGGAACGGUAUGCGGGGCUUCGGGAUGCCUCGUUGGAAAAGCACAAGUCUUUGACUUAUCUGAAUGGGUUAUCGUUGAUUGUUGGUUUGAUCAUUGGGUCGGGUAUAUUUUCGUCUCCGAGUCAGGUCAAUUUCAAUGCUGGGUCGCCGGGCGCAGCUCUGAUCGUAUGGGCGGUGGCAGGUUUUUUGGCAUGGACGGGCGCAGCAAGCUACGCAGAGUUGGGAGGAGCUAUUCCGCUAAACGGUGGACCGCAGGCCUAUUUGUCUAAAAUAUUUGGCGAGAUUGUGGGAUUUCUGUUUGCUUGGUGUGCCAUAUUUGUCCUCAAACCAGGUUCCGCAGCGAUUAUCGCCAUCAUAUUCGGUGAAUAUCUUGUCAGAGCCUUUAUCGGGUCCGAGGUGGAAACGAUCAGUCCGUGGAUCAACAAAGGUGUUGGACUUGCCGGCGUUCUAUUUAUAACCAUUCUCAAUUGCGCUUCGACGAAGCUCGCCACUCUUGUUGGAGAUAUUUCCAUGUUUUUCAAGUUCGGUGCAUUGCUUGCAGUCACAAUCAUUGGAGUCAUAGUCGCCAUUACCGGCAUAUCGUCAAAGGGAGAAGCUAAUCAAGAUUGGAAAAAUUCCAGUUGGUUCGAAGGGACAAGCACAGACAUCUCUGACUGGGCUGUCGCGUUGUAUGCAGGGCUGUGGGCAUUCGAUGGAUGGGACAAUACAAACUACGUGACCGGCGAGUUCAAGAAUCCGAGCCGUGACUUACCGCGUGCGAUACAUACAGCAAUGCCCGUGGUGAUUGUUUGCUACCUCAUGGCCAAUGUCUCUUACUUCUUUGUUCUGCCACAAGCGACAAUAUCAAAAAGCAAUACAGUGGCCGUUCAAUUUGGUGCCAAAGUUUUUGGACCAGUGGGAGCACUCAUCUUGGCCCUGGUGGUUUCCAGCAGUUGCUUAGGAGCUCUCAAUGCGACGUGCUUCACAAGUGGCCGUCUCGUGUACGCUGCGGGCAAAGAAGGCUAUCUCCCAGCGAUAUUUGGGAAGAUUGGGUUCGGAAACUCAAGCAACAAUAUGACUGGCAGUCGAUUGCAGCGCCGAUCAUGGUUCCACAAGACCUUUUCAUGGCUCUGUGGAGGCAGCGCAGCCAUUGGUUACACUCCAGUUAAUGCAAUGCUUUUCAACUCUGCACUCACCAUAGCAUACGUUGUCGUCGGGGAAUUCGGCACAUUGAUUACUUUCUACGGUGUAGCGGGAUACACAUUUUAUUUUCUCACGGUUCUCGGGUUGAUUGUCUUGAGGAUACGAGAACCGCAUUUGGAACGACCUUAUAAGACAUGGAUCACGACACCCAUAAUUUUCUGUUGCGUCAGUCUCUUUCUUCUCAGCCGAGCUGUCAUCGCCGAGCCUCUACAGACACUCAUUGUCGUCGGUUUCGUCGCAGCUGGUGUCCCUGCUUAUUUUUGGAUGAUGUAUCGACGGGAUGGGACUAUCAAGCUGCCAGACUGGAAGUUUUGGCAAAGAUGA